CCUUUUGGGCCCUGACGAAAGGACUGAAGGAGGCCAGGCCACGUACGGCGUAUGCAGCUAGAAGCCGGCGGGCAGCAGGAUAGGCAGCCGAUUUCAUCGUCUCCCUCGGCGAAGCUUCAGCUUCCCUUUCGCCGAACCCAACGGCAGCCAUGGCCGCUCCCUCCGCCGCCCUCUCCGUCUCCGGUGCGGCGCAUACAAAUUCAUUCGUCUGCAGGAACAAGAAGCUAAAGUCAAACAGAAAUCGUUUACAUCUUGCAGUUCCUUCAAGUUCUGAGAGUACAAAUUACUGUAGAAAGUUAACCAUCUGCAGAGCACAGAGUGAAGAUUCUAAAGGUGGGGGAGGAUUUUUGGCUGGGUUUCUUAUAGGGGGAGCAAUCUUUGGAACACUUGGAUAUGUCUUUGCUCCUCAGAUUAGCAGAACAUUGGAUUCUUUGUUGGAUGAAAAUGGACAAGAUAGCGAAUCUGAUGAAACUGACCUCCAGAGGGUGCCAAGACGGCAAGGUCAAUAUUAUGAUGAAGGUUUAGAGAAAACUCGUCAAACUCUGGGCGACAAGAUAAGCCAACUGAACUUGGCGAUUGACAAAGCUGCCUCGCGGUUGAAACGUGUCACUGGCAAUGGGGAGAAUGAGGCACUGAAAGACAAAACAGAAAUUGGGAUUUCCUCAUCGAGCGAUGACGAGCAUGUUGUGGAAAACGUAAACGAACAUGGUUUUGUGCAAGGUGAAAGUGCUACAUGAUCAUCAUGCAGAAAAAAAGUGCAGCAAUAGAGCUGCAGGUUCAUCAGGGAAAAAGUCUGGAUGCAAACUGGAGAGAUGAAGCUGGAUGGUAUGUUUAACCAACUGUAGCAAGGAAACGAAUCGCAUUAGCAACUAGUACCUUUUUCUACUAGUGCGAUUUUCUUUAAAGUUUUUAGCCGUCGUGUUGAAGUCGUAGUUCUGUGAUAAGCAGAGGAAACCAAGGAGUUGUAUGGAUUAGCUUGAUGCAGUCAAUGUACUUUCUAUUUGUUUGGUGAUGCUAUAGACGUUUCGUGAUUUCGGAUGUU